GGCAUCUGGGUGGGAAAAAAAAUACACACUGGGGCGUAGUUUUGAAAAUUAGAACCUCCUCUGUGUGUGUUGGGGGGUGUUUAAAAAUGUUUGUUGAUUAGGUGUUUAGGAUGUAGAAAGAAGUUUUUACUUAUUUACUUCAAAUAACGGCGUUUUUUUUUGCUGAUUUGUUCGGUGCGCGAGCCCGCGUCGCUCGCGCGGAUGGAUUAACGGUAAAUCACUCGGUGUCAGUUAGCGGAGUUAGCGUAGCUCCACGGAGAACGUUAGCGCUUUAUAAACGGUUUGCAGAGCUGCAGGAAUCAUGGGAACGGUGUUCCUGUCAGCGGACGCGGCGCACGCCGUGCUGAAGAGGCUCCCGAGGGCCAACUUCUUCUUGGAGGAGAUGAAGCAGGGAAACAUCCAGCGCGAGUGCAGGGAGGAGAUCUGUAGCUAUGAGGAGGCCCGAGAAGCUUUCGAGAACGACGAGAAGACGCGGCGAUUCUGGGAGGAGUACCAGCGCGAGAGCAGCCCCAAACCCGGAGGACUUCAGUCCAUAGUGGGCGGAGUCAACUCGCUGUACUUAGUCUUGCCCCUGCUGCUGUUGCUGCUGCUCAUCGCCGCCGUCUCGUUCACCGCGUGGAGGUGCCACAUGCGCAAGAGAUCCCAGCGCAGCCCCGCCAUCGGCCAGAGAGACUCCGCCCUCGCCGUCGUUUCCAUGGACCAGUGGGGGCAGAGCUACCAGCCUGACCCCGCCUAUUCGGGUGACGACAUCACGCCCGGGCAGGUCAGCGUCGCGGAUCCUCCUCCGUCUUACGAAGAAGCCGUGGGUCACAUGGAUGUGCACGUGGAGACGGAGCCUCCGCCCCAGUACGAUGACAUCGUCAGAGACUCUGCAAGCAACGUCAUGAUUGGGCAGGCCAAGUGAAGCGCGCUCCAAUCCCAACGCACCCUCGCUCCCGAGGUCUACUCCACGCCAAUCGCUGCUUCUCUUAGCGCUCUUUACAACGAGAGUUUACUAAUGCCAGCAAACUGCAGGAAUCAGAACGCUAACGUUGAUCAAGUUCUAACGGUGAAGAAAAACAAAAAUGGGUUUGUUUUCCAAAUGCAAAAAAAUACCAUACACUCAGUUUUCCACAGAAUAUAUAAGAUGCAAAUUUUUACAGUCUGCUCACAGAAAAAUGUAUUAAUGUCGCGCGAUGGGCAUUUUUCUUUUCUUUUUAUUAUUAUUUUUUACAUGUUGCCAUAGUUACUGAAAUUCCUAAAUUAGUCACUUUUAUGCUGGGGGGGGUGCAUAUAUUAGAACACAUCCUAACCAGCAAAGGAAACCGUGACGAGGAGGACAAAAUGGUUUUGUUUAUCAGGAAUGAACUUGAACAGGAAGUUAAUAAGAAGUGUAAAUCUAACAGCUGCGGCACCGUGUUAUCCGAGUGAGCCGUCUCGCCGUCGUUCCUCAUCAGGGCUCACUGCCGCUGGGCCUGAAACCCUGACGUCGAGCCAAACCUCAGCUCUCGGGUGCAAACAGCCUGAGUCAUAGGAUCCGGAAAAGCAGAGGAAGCACACUUUUUUCUUUUUUUUUUCUUCUUUACACCUUAACUGUCCAAUAUUCCGGCUCAUCACAUAGUGCAACAGUAGCACCCAUAAUCCGACAGCUGUAACGCCGAGUGUGUGCACUAACACACUCCUGAUCAAUAGGAAACCAGUGUGCGAGAGUAGAGCAAGCGCUAACCUGCGCAGUGCUUUAGCCAAACUAGCAUAACGCUAGCAUUCCGCUUCAAUCGCACCAGCAAGUGACGGCUCGUUUUCUGUGAAAUUUUGCGCGUGACUGUGAAAUUAGAAUCCUACCACGUUUUAUGGAAAUCGGUUACGACGAAGACGUGAGCGACGGCGCGACGUGUCGGUUUUUUUCAAAUCCAUUUAUAGUUACGGUCUUGUGUAAAUGUGACAGUGGAAAAGCACUUUGUCAGCACCUUAAUUAACUUUAAAGCUGCUAUAAAGUAAGUGAGGAACUUAGAGGAACAGGUGCUAACUUGAUUAAAAGUAACUAUAAAUGGAUAAAAAGUAUGCGCUUUUUUUUUUUUUUUUAGAAUAAAUCUAAAAAGUAAUCGUCUGAGAAUUGCCGUGGUGUAAGAGGAAUAAAACCGUUCAGGACGCACCGUUAUAGAAACCUCUUCAUCACGCCAAGCGGGUCAUCGACGACUUUUCUCUAACAGCACGACACGUAGCGUUUUAUUCCUCCGCAACUUCUCUUCUUUCUCCCGGUCCCGAUGCGCCGGGAUCGAUCACGCUGUUACAGAGGAAAGUAACGAUUUCAGAGGUUUAACAUAGCAAGAAAACGCCAUCUUCUUUCAUUUUCUCCGUUGCGGCUGCGAGUCACGUUAAAAAAAAAAAAAAAUCGGAAUAUUCAGCCAAUCGUAACGCAGCGUCGUCUUUCAGGACGGACGUAUCGAAAGGCUGGAACGUGGAAGUCCUCUGUGGACGUUUGUAAAAAAAAAUAAAAUAAAUAACAAUAAAAAAACGACAGAUAAAAAUGAUCAGCUCUGUUCAUUUGUGUAGCCUUUUGAAAGAAGAAAUACAAUCUAAUAUCGAGAAGCGUGCUAAAAGUUACACGUGUAUCGUCUGUGAAUCGCGACGCUCGAUACGAAGGACGAAGAAAGACGGAAAAUUCGCUAUGCACUACUUUCUAUUAAGUGAAUUUGUCGAUAAUGAAACACUCUGCUGCAGGCACGUCAAGGGAAUAUAAACUCCCAGACGGUACUAACUGUCCUUUAAAACGCCAUCAUGCAGCUCACUGGGGUUUUUGUUUUUUCAUUUUUUAUUUUUUUUUUGCUUUCAUUUGGUUUAUUUUUGGAUGGAAAUGUGUUGGAUUGCAGGAUUUGACGAACACCGUUUUUAACCUCUGAGGUGAGAAUGUGUAUCUGUGUAGGACUCUUCACUAUUGUCUGUGUGGAGUGCGUGUUGUGUUGCGCUGUUGUUGUUUUGUUUUUUUUCCUUCUUCUUUUUUAAUCAGAUACACUACAAGUAUAUAUUUCUCCUGGGAAAAUGAGGAUUUACUUUUCUUUUUUUUCUUUCCCACCAGAAAGCCAUAUUUGGACACACGACAUUUCUCAAGAUGUCCAGAAGUUUACGUAGUGUUUAAAGUUAAAAGGAAUCGUUUUGGUUAUCAAAAAAAGAAAAGAAAGACAGAAACGGACACCGACGAUUCCUUUACCCCGAAACGUCGUCCGUGAGCCAAGCCACGUCCCACAAAACCUUUUCCUAAAACUGUAAAAUGAUAGCGAACGCUGUUACAUCUCUCUCCUAGAGUUUUACACCCGUCGUUAUUUUAGGAGGCGAAGGGGUCAUUUAAGACGGUGGCGUUUCUCCAUGCUGGCGUUUUUGUUUAGUUUAUUUGUUUACAGAUUCGCACCGUGACCCGUGGCUACGUUAUCCUCGUAGCUCUAGUGCCAAACUACAGAAGCAAGCGUCCCACAGUGAAUAUUCAGUAUAAAACGUGAAGGUGACGUUAGAGCUGAAAUAAUACAAUUAAUUAAUUAAAGGUAAACUCCACCCUGAUCACCAUCAUUUGACUUUUCUGAGUCUGUUUUUGUUUGUCUGCUUUUACGUGAUAGCGGUGCAGUGGGAUUAACGCCGCGUUCACGACAACCGAGAACUUUUCCCAACUUGGGAAUUAUUAAUAGCGCUGAAAAUGACAUGAAGGAGCAGUUUGAUCAAAACAUCUCGCAAUUCUCAAAGUAUCCAUCAGGUAAACGUUAAGCGAUGCUGAAUGGGAAAAGAUGAUCUUUGUUUGUUUGUUUGUUUUUUUUUUCCGUUUGUUUUGUUUUGAGGAGCUAACAGCCAAACCUGACCGUUAGCAGUUAGGUUCGAGAUCACUGAAAUGUUUUUCUCCUGUUAAACUCCGUGACAACGCACCCCUGCGACAUCAGAGCGGGACACAACCACCGGCUUCUCACGGGGAUGAGGAAAACACAACAAAUCAGCACCAGAAUCACUGAACGCAAAUAGUUGAAGAUAAACAUACUUAAUGUUUCAGGGUGGAGUUUUCCUUUAGCGUCAUGUUAACUGUGUGUGUGUGUGUGUGUGUGUGUGUGUGUUGAAACUGAUGUCCACUACCAUUUAUUAGGAAUGCACUUUGGUGCUUUUGGGGAUUUCGGGGUUUGUUGUGCUGAGAUUUGGACAUGUAGCGCCUCCUACAGGAUGAAGUGGAUAGUGGUUAGUUAAAAAUAAAAAGAUUUGAACGCUACAGUCUGAUUGAGAAAUGAAGCAUGCUUUAAAGCCUUUAUAGGAUUCUAAGUGUGUGUGUGUGUGUGUGUGUGUACACUAUAACAACGUAACAAAAUGCAAUUUUUUAUCAUUAUGCGAUGUGUGAAUGCACUUUUAUAAGAGUAACGCUUACUCAUUAUCACGUAAAAUGACUAUUAGAAAUAAUACACAACACGGCGAAGGCUGUUUCUCUCCGUCUCUCGUCUUUUUCCUCCCACGUUCUUUUACUGAACCAGUGACACUUCACUUACUGUUCUGUUCGUUUGGUGCGUGAGGAAAGUGAGGCGACACGUGACACAGCGUGACUUCAGUUAAGAGUGUGUACUGUCCUGCUUAGGCCUUAUUCAGAGAUAUUAAAAUGUGUGUGUAUAACAAUGGAGAAAAAAAUAUUUUAGUUUUGUUUUGAAAAUGAUUGCGCUUGAAUUUUUUUAAACGUAAUAAAUGGUUUUUUCGA